AUGCCUUUUAACUUGGGUCAUAGGUGGUAUUAUUUGUGCCCCCCAAUGGCAUCAUUCUACGCCGGCAGUUGUCUGGGCCUAAUAGCACACUCUAUAAUCAAAUCUCGCAUCAGAGAAAUGAAGUCCCGGAAAAUGAUCAAAAGCUCCUGUCCCAAAAAAUUCCGCACCUUCACUCUGUUCAACUCAUUACCCAGAGAACUACAAUUGGCUGUCUGGAAGCACGCACUCCAUGACAUCGAGCCUCGAACCGUUAAACUCAAAUUGUAUUGGUGGCAAUACAAAGUGGGCGGGUCAGAAGUUCGAGAAUUUCUAGGUUCUAUCCUUACUGCACAACAUGAAUACAAAGCCAAUAUUCCGGCCUUGCUUCAUGUUUGUCAUGAUUCACGAGAAGUCGCCCAAACGAAAUACAAGCUUAGCUUUGGAAAAUUACUACAAAGGCGACCCGUAUACUUUGAUAUCGAACGGGAUACUCUUUGGGUCGUGGGAGGACGAGACCACUGUGAAGCCUUUCCACUUCGAUUGUUGACUAUGGACGGCUUUCAAAACUUGAUCAUCACACCUUCACCAAGACAACUUUCCAUUGGGGCUACAGAAACAUCAUUUGAGCCACUAAAACAGUGGCUCGAUCGACUGAUCGUGCUCGAGCCGGUGGACAGAAUAGAGAACGAUAUUAGCAAUACGAACGCUGAACGUUUAUGCGAGGCAGUGCGAAAUCUCGGCAUACGGCAAGAUUGGAUUUUGGGGGAGGACAUUGGUAAGUGCACCAUUCCCCUAAAGACGUACACCAUCACUAACCAACAAUUGUUGAAGACUGAAGCAGAUGUCAUGUACUAA